UUCUGUUUGAGAUUUCAAGAAUAUUAAACACUGGCUUGGAUAUGGAGACACUGUCUAUUUGUGUGCGGCUUUGUGAACAGGGGAUAAAUCCAGAAGCAUUAUCAUCUGUUAUUAAGGAACUGCGUAAGGCUACAGAAGCUCUAAAGGCUGCUGAAAAUAUGACAGGAUGA